AUGAAAUCAUCGCAAACUGAUAGUCUGCAUAUUAGUUCUGCAGUAACAACCACUUUACUUCAGACUUGCCUUGUUAAUGUUAGUGAUUUGAGUGACAAGCCUAAAGAGAAAACUUGUAGAUUAUUACUUGAUUCUGGUAGCCAACGUUCAUAUAUAACAUCAUCAAUUGCAAAUCAUUUAAACCUGCCCACUAUAGAAAAUGUAGAUUUGUCUAUUUUUACAUUUGCAGGAAUUUAUGAUAGUAAAUUACAUAAACCGGAUCUUCCAUUAAAGACAGACGAUGUUAAAAGGUUAUGGGAUCUAGAAUCGAUAGGAAUAGUAGAUUCUUCAAAAUGUUCUCGUGAUGAGGAAGCGAUUAAACAAUUUAAUAAAACUAUUCAGUACAAAGGCAAUAGAUAUUACGUUAAAUGGCCUUGGGCCGAAUAUCCUCCUAAUUUACCUAAUAAUCUAGGCUUAGCUUAUGGUCGUCUAAGUAAUUUAUUGAAACGUUUAGAUAAUUUAACUAUAAAGUCAUAUGAUAAAGUCAUUCAAGAACAAUUACAGAAUGGUGUAAUAGAGAUAGUCAAAAACGCUUCCUUUUCACUGAGUCAUCCUGUGCACUAUCUACCACAUCAUUGUGUUUUUAAUCGAGAUAAACCCAAUAAGCUUCGUAUUGUAUAUGAUGCGUCAGCCAAAACAAUAGGAAAUAAAAGUUUGAACGAAUGCUUAUAUAAAGGUCCCUUAAUGCUAGAAGAUCUUACUGCGUUAUUGAUUAAAUUUAGAGAACAUGCGAUUGGCAUUAUAGCAGACGUUGAAAAAGCAUUUUUACAACUAGGCCUUCAAGAACCAGACAAAGACGUGACGCGCUUUCUUUGGCUGAAAAAUAUCAAUGAUUCAGUUAACAAAGAAAAUAUAUUAACUUUAAGAUUCUGUCGAGUACCUUUUGGAGUUAUAUCUAGUCCAUUUCUCCUUAAUGCUACAAUAAAAUACCAUUUAAUGAAAUCUAAUAACUCAAUUUUAAACCAGAUAGCCGCCGAUAUUUAUGUAGAUAAUAUUAUAACUGGUGCUAAAUCGGUUUUAGAGGCACAAAACAUAUACAACACGUCUAAAUUAGCCUUUAACGAUUUGUCUAUGAACUUAAGGGAGUGGAAUUCAAAUUCAAAAGAUUUUCUUUCACGUAUACCUGAUAAAUUUUGUAGAGAUAUUGAGGCAGUUAAAGUUUUAGGUUUAAUAUGGAAUACGAGGGAUGAUAAAUUAUUAUUGAAAUAUGAUAUUAGUCAAACAGAUUUAGAUUCAGUUUACACAAAACGAAGUAUUUUAAAAGUAAUUGCUUCGGUUUAUGAUCCUUGUGGUUAUGCUGUUCCAAUAGUGCUUCCAGCUAAAUUAUUUUUCCAGAAGUUAUGGAAACAAAAGAUUUUAUGGGAUACUAAGAUUAAUAGUAAUUUACUUAAUGAGUGGAAGCAAAUAAUAUCGAAGUUUAGUUAUCUUAAAAAUAUCAGCAUUGACAGAUAUUUCUUAAAAAGUAUAGGUAACACCAGGGCUAGUGAAAAAAUGAGACAUGAAUUACAUUGCUUUACUGAUGCUUCUACGGAAGCAUACGCUGCAUGUAUAUAUUUACGUAGUUCUUGGGGUACUAGUAAUAUUGUCACUUUUAUUAUUGGCAAGUGUAGAUUAGUACCUAUUAAGGAGCAAGUUAAUUUACAGAUUCCAAAACUAGAAUUGCUUGGAGUACUUAUUGGAAAUAGACUAUUACAGUACGUAAAUAAAAAUUUAAGGUUAAGUAUAAAGGCGCAGGUUUUGUGGACCGAUAGUCAAAUAGUUUUAGGUUGGUACCAUUCUAGUAAGCUUCUUUUGCCUUUUGUGUCGCGGAGGAUUAAUGAAAUCAAGCAAAAUAAAACUUUAAUUCUUAGGUAUAUACCUGGUCAAUACAAUCCAGCAGACAUAGGUACGAGAUCUGACCGGAUAGAUCAUUAUGAUAGGUGGCUCAAAGGUCCAGACUUUUUACUAGAUAACUCUGAAAAUUGGUUUUCUAUGUUUAAUAAUUGUGUAUAUCAAGUGGAAAUGCAAAUCUCUUCUGUCGGGGAGGGUCUCUCGAAUGAGAAUACAAAUAAUAAAAGCACUUUAGUUGAGAAUGAAAGUAAUAUAAAUAAUUUAGAUAUGACAAGUACAACCGAAUUAGAUAAAGAACCAAUUAGCGAUAGUGACAGUGAUUUAGAAAUUAUUUUGAAAGUACAAGCUCAAUAUUUUCCAGAAGAAACGAAAGGUAUUGUAUCUAAUUUUGCAAGAUCACUUGGCCUAUAUAAAGAUGUCAAUGGGAUAUUGAGAUGUAAAGGUAGAUUUAAACAUACUGAUUGGACUCAUUGUCAUAAAGAACCUAUAUUACUUCCAAAAAAUUCAGAAUUUACACAUAAA